AUGAUUCAUAAAUGUAGUAAAGCUAGUGCUGGGCCAGGAUGGUAUUGGGAUGUUGGGUUGGUUGCGUGCGAUGUUAAAGUCCUGAGAGGCGAUGCCGGUGAGUAUUUGCGGAGAGGAGGGUAGGCCUUUCUAUGCGUCCGGUGCUGUUGGUCGGUUACGAGACCGACUUGCCCGGGAAUAUAUGCGCUUGCAAGGAAUUAUCAAUGAAUAAACUCUUAGCUUCUUCGGCCGGUUAUUCACUUUUCUGUUGAUUACUUUCCAACUGACUGUGAUCCAGUCGACAUAUCGCUCUUUCACUAUUCUCCACUUAGUUUUAUCCUAUGCCCUUAUUUGUCAUUCUCCCCAUAUUCAAUCCUUUCCCAAGGCACUAGUUCCUUUUUUCCAUCCUUGCCCGGCCGGAUCAAGGUACGCCUUACACCUCCAGCCCAGUGGGAGACCGUCCCCUGGUCUUUACUUAAUUUCCCAAAUUUCUAAUUUUAUUUUUCAUUUUAUUUUUAACCCGCAAUUUACAGCUUUACCAUCUGCCCCUAGCCUGUGCCUCCAGUCUUUGUCGCGUGUUGGUUCUUCAUUUUCUAUUACUUC